GACAAUUUAAUGGAAAACAUCAUCAACGGCUUCAUUCUCCUUAUCAGCCUUUUGGGUCUUGUGGGAAAUGGAGUGGUCAUCUGGCUCCUUGGCUUCCGAAUUAAGAGGAACCCUUACGACACCUACAUCCUCAACCUCUCCGUAGCCGACAUUGGUGUUCUCAUCUGCCUAAUUUUUAUAGCUAUAUCAAACUCUGUGGACACUCAGAAUGGAAUAAUUCCUCCUGUCUAUUUGUACUUUUACAUAAUUUUUGAAUUGUUUUUCUUUGCUUACUCUGCUAGCCAGUUCCUUUUGGCAGCCAUCAGCAUUGAGAGAUGUGUGGCUGUUAUUUUCCCCCUUUGGCAUCAAUGCCACCGGCCACCACAUUUGUCCGCCAUCGCUUGCGCCCUCAUAUGGAUCCUCUCCUUCCUGCUUCCUGCAGUGAGCUUCACUCUACUAUUGGCUGGUAUUUUGCUUGCCCAAAAUUUCUUAUUUCAGCUUAUUGUGAAUGUUUUCCUUUGUGCACCCCUCAUGCUCAUCUCCACUCUGAUCCUGUUCAUUAAAGUCUACAAUAAAGCAAAUCAACGUCAUAAGUGGGGAAAGCUCGUCACAGCCAUCCUACUGGCACUCCUUUUCUUCCUUAUCUUUGCUCUUCCUCUUAAUGUAUUUUAUAUCACUUUAUAUUUUUGUUUUAGAUGUUUUUCUUCUUAUACGUCUUUCUACUCCCUGCUCCCGAUUGGCCUUUUGUGUGCCUCUCUUAACAGUAGUAUCAACCCACUAAUUUAUUUCUUGGUAGGGAAAAGACAGAGGCAGAGUCAAGCAAGGGUGUCCAUGAAGGUGGCACUCGAAAAGGUUUUUGAGGAUGAGCAAGACAGCAAACGAGAGCAGAACACCCAGAGUGAAACCCUGGAGUGA